AGGUACUAUGUAAUAUGUAUUAAUAAUAGUCUCAUAGAUUCAUAGUCAAACCUCAAACUCAGAUACAUAGAUAGAUGCAUAAAUCUUAUCGACAAUAUAUAAAGUAUUGUUAUUUAUAGAUUAUCUUUCUACAACAACUGCAAUCUGAUAUCAGAUUACUGUGUCUCAAUAACCAUAUGGAUUAUUCAAACUGUGAUUAUGAGUUUCAACAAGGUUCAAUGGAAGACACUGAUUUUUCAGAAACCAUAAAGUUCAUAACCCAAAUCCUUAUGGAAGAAAACUUUGACCAGAGACCUUUUUAUGAUCCACUUAGCUUACAAAUCACACAAAAAUCAUUCUUUGAUGCUCUUUCCCCCAAUCAACACCCCUUAGAUUUUCAUAACUCUGAUCAAAGAAUCAGCACUAGUGAUAGCUCAACAAAACCUCUUUCCCCUGAUACUCCUGUUUCAGAUCUUGGUACUAGUGUUAGUGAUGGACUUGUAGAUUUGGAUUCUUCUAUUACCAAUUUGUUAGCACAAAACAUUUUCAGUAAUGCAGAUUCUGUUUCCCAAUUCAAGAGAGGUUUUGAAGAAGCCAACAAGUUUCUUCCUCCUCAGCCUCAACUCUUGACUAGUCUAGAAUCAUCCAACUUCAAUAUGGUUGAGGAGAAAGAGAAUUCAGUUGUGUUGAAAGGUAGAAAGAAUCACGAUCGCGAAGAAGAUGAAGAAGAGAGGAGAAAUAACAAGCAAUCAGCUAUUGGUGGUGUUGUUGAUGAGGAUGAGUUAUCGGAAAUGUUUGAUAAAGCUUUACUUAAUGUCGAAAAUGAUUGCUUGCCGAAUGAGAAGCUGGCUUCAACUAAUGGAGCAAAGGCUCGUCCUAAGAAACGUAAUAGCAAAAACGAAAGGGUUGAUUUGAGAAAUCUUCUGCUUCUGUGCUCACAAGCUUUGUAUGCCAAUGACAACAGGAAUGCUAAUGAACUACUGAAGACGAUUAGGCAACAUUCUUCGCCCUUUGGAGAUGCAUCACAGAGGGUGGCGCAUUACUUUGCUGAUGGAAUUGAGGCACGCCUUGUAGGCGAUGGAACCGGCACACAAACAUUUUAUUCCUCGCCGAGCACCAAGAGGAUCACUGCUGCUGAGUUUUUGAAAGCAUACCAAGUUCAUUUUAUUAGUCCUCCAUUCAAAAAAUUUGCAUAUUUGUUUGCAAAUAAAAUGAUUAUGAAAGUUGCUAAAAAGGCUGAAACCCUUCAUAUCAUUGAUUUUGGUAUCCUUUAUGGAUUUCAGUGGCCGUUGCUUAUUAAGUACUUAUCAAAUAGAGAAGGUGGACCUCCAAAGUUGAGAAUCACUGGGAUAGAGUUCCCUUUACCUGGCUUUCGUCCGACCGAAAGAAUUGAGGAGACUGGUCGCCGUUUGGCCAACUACUGCAAGCGUUUCAGCGUUCCAUUCGAGUACAAUGUCAUAGCGUCGCGGAACUGGGAAGAAAUUCGAGUUGAAGAUCUUAAAAUUGAAAGCAAUGAGGUAAUCGCUGUGAACUGUAUGACUAGGUUUAAGAAUUUACUAGAUGAGAGUAUUGAAGUGAACAGUCCUAGAAAUGGGGUUCUGCAUUUGAUUAGGAAGAUAAAUCCUGAUAUUUUUACUCUUUCCGUUAUUAAUGGAUCGUAUAAUUCACCAUUCUUUGCAACACGUUUUAAGGAGGCAUUGUUUCAUUUUUCUGCUAUUUACGAUUUGUUCGACGCUGUCAUACCAAGGGAAAAUGAAUGGAGGACGAUGAUAGAGAGGGAAAUUAUAGGUAGGGAAGUUAUGAAUGUUGUAGCUUGUGAAGGUUUAGAGAGAGUUGAGAGGCCUGAGACAUAUAAACUGUGGCAGGUUAGGAAUACUAAGGCUGGUUUCAAGCAGCUUCCAUUGGAUUCAGAAUUAAUGGCAAAAUUUAGGACUAAGUUAAAGCAGUGGUACCAUAGAGAUUUUGAUUUUGAUGAAGACAACAAUUGGAUGCUUCAAGGUUGGAAAGGUCGUAUUUUAUAUGCUUCAACUUGUUGGGUGCCUGCAUAAUCAACUCAUAUCCUACUAGACUUAUUGUGUGAGUGUGAUUAUAAGAAUCAGUUGUAGACCUUGUGUAAUUAGAUUUUUAGAUUAGACCAUGUGAUUUCUAUUGUAAAUUGUGUCCAUUCUAUUUGAUUUUAUGUUGAAUUUGGAUUAAUGCAUGA